GCGGGGUGAGUGUGUCAGCAUGCUGUCUUGUAAGUUCAGACAGCAGCAGACCCCCCUCCCCCCCACAUCACACACACUCACAACAGCAGCAUUCCACAGUAAUGGUUGCUUUGUCCCAGAGCAGAUAAGCAGCCAGCUGUCAGAAGUGGAGCAUAGCCGCAUUCCUGUAGCCGAUUUCAAAACAGUGACAAAAGUGGCCACUUGAUUUGGGGGAUUAUGGGACGUUUUAUGAGGCCAAUCACCGCGCAGUAAUGCAACACCUCGUUCACACUGAUGCCCGGGCGUUUCAGCCGGGGGCGCAGCAAGUGUUAUGCUUCUCGUGAAGGUGGAUUACCAGGGCUCCCAUGCAUAGACGUUUGCAGGAUUGGGGCUUUAGCGAAUGAAUACUGGCGCAAAAGCAUGUGGCUAGACCUAGCUCAUGACAUUGGCACGGUUACAUUUCAGACAAAGUUUACAUGGGUGUUAAUGGCUUAAGGUUAGAAAGACAAGGAUUCUUUCAACAACAUAAUUUUUUUGGAGUGUUGUAGGUAUCUGAAAACUGAGAUCUUAAUGAUUUUUUUAAAAUAUCCUAUGUUACUAAUUAAUACAUGAUAAAUUGUUAAAAGUGGAAGAACUUUACCAUGGAUGCUGUUUGGCCUUUCAAUUAGAGUUGGAUUUCAGAGAAGUGAUUCCCAUUAAGAUUUAGAAUUUGUCUGGGGAGAGGUAUUAGCAAAGAUCUGGCCUUAAUGCUUUCCACCUGGUAUAGUUCUGGCAUGUCAGAGUACUCCCAUUGACUCAGAAGUAGGAAUAGGUGUUUUGUAGGAUGAAGACCUUACUUGCAAGCUCUCUGAAGCAGGGAUCUGUCUGUAAACUCCGAAGCCAUGUGUCAGUCUGCUCCAGGGCUUCUGCUCUGAGUUUCUGAGUUGGUGACACACACACACACACACAAUAUGAAAACAGGAGAACUUUGCCUGUUUCUGCAGGGCUCUGUUGCACUUGCACAGUGUGGGUCCUGGACACUCAUUUAAAAUACCCAUCACCAGCCAGUUGCUGUUUUACUUCCCUUUGUAUUUUCAGUGUUGUCACUUGUUUGUUCGGGGUUUUGUUUGCUGUCUGUGUUGCUUUAUUACUUCUUUUUCCUGUUCUACGUGUGUGAAAUAUUCAUCAAGUUAAGAAUUGACAUCCCAUAGAAAUGGUAUAAGCCUGAGUGAAUACCUUCUACUCUCCUUUCCAGUAUCAGACAAUAUUGUAUUAAUAUUUGCGAUGAGAGCAUGACUGUUUCUAGUUGACUCAUAGAUUUGUUUAGCAUCUUAAAGCUGGGCUGUGUGCGCAGAUAAUAUGCAUGCAAGAGGGAUAGUUUGGGGAACUGCGAAAGUCGGUAGCAUGCUAGUGUUUUGGCAGAUGCUUCAUUUUUUGAGAGCAGCUUUCCCUGAAGAUUUAGUGAUCAGGCUGUAUGGUAGGAGGAGGUUAUUAAAUUGGGUCUCCGGUGCAUACUUCUUAUGCUUUUACUAAGUGCCCAUGGCUUUGUUUUAUUUCUAUAGCUGUUUUCAGUAGGCCACAUUUGGGUGUGUUUACUAGCUUGAGUUGUUAGAAAGGAUGAUAAAAUACAUGUACUCCAAGGGCAGUGUCCAUUUUCUUUUUAUUUGAUUUCAUAUUAAAUACACAUCUUAAGCAGUGCACCUUGAUAAUUAUCCCUUGUUUUAAUAUUCUUUCUUCUUCCUCCAUACCUAGGAACUGUUUAAGAAUAUAUAUUCUAUCUAGGGUUUUGUUUGAACUGGUAGCGCGCACCCACACAUUACCUCAAUGCUGGUGGAGCACAUAACAAAAUUCAACCCGCACGUGGAUGGAAAAUAUUCGAGGGAACAUUGGUUAGUGGUGUGAUUUUUCACACCCGUAACUGACACAGCUACGCUGUUAAAAGUUUUAAGUACAGACCGAGCAAAGGUCUGCAUGUGGAUUUCAGAGCACUUUAAACUAUUACUUUUAACCCAAACAUUUUGGAAUCGGAGGGCAAAACUUUCAAGAGGAACUUCUACAAAAUGCAAGAAAAAUGCACAAUGCAUAUUGUCUGAAAGCUACCAGAAGUAGGGUUCAAUCUCAGAUUCAUGGGUGUAGUUUAGGUUCAAUGUCCACAGCACAUCCCCUUGAGCCAACGCUUUACUGUGACAGCAGAUUGGGGAAACUCUCUAGCAGUUAACAGGGACUUAGUCUUGCAGCCUGUCUGCAUUUCAAUGUCCGUGACUCACCAGUUUGACUUGUGCUGCUCUGAAACUCCAACUCCUGCAGGUAUUGACUUUUUCAGUCCUGGUUUCCCAAAGAGGCAGUGGGGGCUAUGUACUAAUAAUGCCAAGUGACCGAGAUCCAUAAGGGAACAAGGAGAAACGUAGUUUCAGCCCCAGCUGUGAGCAGUGAAAUGUUAAAAGAGCAAGAUGACUUUGUAAAAAGCUGCCUCUGGUGGCAAGGCUGUAUCUCAGGAACCUCAUGAUCAAACAGAUCCAUAUUUGGACAAAUAACCCUUCCCUGAAUGCCCGUAAACCCCAGAAAAUAUCAAGACAAUUUGAAUAAACACAUGCCUUUUAGUUUAGUUAGAAUAAUUGAUCUUUAAACAGAAAAUAAUGCUUCCAUCAACCUUCCUACUGCCCCUUGGGUGGUGGAUGACCUAUGGGAAUGGGAGAACCCUUUCCAUUGCUGUAGUAAUGUCUACACGCCCGGUCCAUCCUAUCCCUUACUGCGCUGAAACCCGCCAGUCCAUGCUCACCGGUCUGGGCCUUCCUACAACUCUCACUGUGUCUGGGUGACUCUCUGUGGUUAACGACCAGGUGACUUCCCCUUUGGCCGGAGCCUUUACUUUCUGGGGGAUGGGGUUACUGUCUCUGUGUUUUGGGAGCCCCUUUGAUGAGGAGUUGUGACCGGGGUCCCAGGGGUGGGGUCAGCAGAACAGGGCCAUUUGCAGACCUCUGCCCCUUGAGCGAGUGGUGUAACUGAGGGCAGUUGGCUGUUCUCCUGCAUGUGGGCCAGCCACUAGAGAUCGAGGAUGCUCGGGGGUGAAUACCACUGUGACGCUCUGUACCUACACGCCCAUGUUCAUCGUCAUAAAAUGAUUGUGUGGUAUUGUGACGAAGUGGGACUGUUCUUAAAUUUCCUCUGAAUACUGUAGGGGUGCCUCAGUUUCCCAUAUGCAUUUCUUAAGUCUCUAGGUUGUGGGAUAAGGGGGUGUGAUUGUUGCAAAGGGCCAGUGUACAUAAAUGGCCGACACUCUGUCUCCUGGCAACUGAUGGCCUGGGCCCUUCCCCCCUGCAAGGUGAUAGCUAAAGGGUUGGAGAACAAAGGACUCAGGUGACCUCCUGGCCCGGGAAAGGGACAAAGCCCAGAGGAGGAGGGGCUAGAGGGGGAGUCAGUUGGGGGCUGGGACGAGGAGUGAAGUGCAGAGGUGGUUGUCUAGCUCACUGCCCCCCAAAGUGGACCCAGCUGAGGGGUGCUGUUCUCUGCACCUACAAGCUCUGUGUUAGACCAUGUUCCUGUCGUCUAAUAAACCUCUGUUUUACUGGCUGGCUGAGAGUCACGUCUGACUGCGAAGUUGGGGGCAGGACCCUCUGGCUUCCCCAGGACCCCGCCUGGGCGGACUCGUGGGAAGCUCAUGGAGGGUCAGAGGAUGCUGAAUGCUUCGAGGUCAGACCCAGGAAGGUGGAAGACAUGUGAGCUGUUUGCCCUGGAGACAGUCUGCUCCCAGAGAGGACACUUCUCCAGAGUCCUGCCGGGCUUCGUAGGGAGCAGUUCCAGAGCUUCGCCCGGCGACUCCAUGACAGACUAACACGGCUGUUACUCUGAAACCUACAAUCCAUCGGUGAUCUUCCUGAUAACACCAUCCUGGCCACUAUGGAUGUAGAAGCCCUCUAUACAACAUUCCACACAAAGAUGGACUACAAGCCGUCAAGAACACUAUCCCCGAUAAUGUCACAGCUAACCUGGUGGCUGAACUUUGUGACUUUGUCCUUACCCAUAACUAUUUCACAUUUGGGGACAAUGUAUACCUUCAGAUCAGCGGCACUGCUAUGGGUACCCGCAUGGCCCCACAGUAUGCCAACAUUUUUAUGGCUGACUUAGAACAACGCUUCCUCAGCUCUCGUCCCCUAACGCCCCUACUCUACUUGCGCUAUAUUGAUGACAUCUUCAUCAUCUGGACCCAUGGAAAAGAAGCCCUUGAGGAAUUCCACCAUGAUUUCAACAAUUUCCAUCCCACCAUCAACCUCAGCCUGGUCCAGUCCACACAAGAGAUAAACAAUGGUCACAUAAACACCACACUAUACCGGAAACCUACUGACCGCUAUUCCUACCUACAUGCCUCCAGCUUUCACCCUGACCACACCACACGAUCCAUCGUCUACAGCCAAGCUCUGCGAUACAACCGCAUUUGCUCCAACCCCUCAGACAGAGACAAACACCUACAAGAUCUCUAUCAAGCAUUCUUACAACUACAAUACCCACCUGCUGAAGUGAAGAAACAGAUUGACAGAGCCAGAAGAGUUCCCAGAAGUCACCUACUACAGGACAGGCCUAACAAAGAAAAUAACAGAACACCACUAGCCGUCACCUUCAGCCCCCAACUAAAACCCCUCCAACGCAUUAAGGAUCUACAACCUAUCCUGAAGGACGACCCAUCAGUCUCACAAAUCUUGGGAGACAGGCCAGUCCUUGCCUACAGACAGCCCCCCAACCUGAAGCAAAUACUCAUCAGCAACCACAUACCACACAACAGAACCACUAACCCAGGAACCUAUCCUUGCAACAAAGCCCGUUGCCAACUGUGCCCACAUAUCUAUUCAGGGGACACCAUCACAGGGCCUAAUAACAUCAGCCACGCUAUCAGAGGCUCGUUCACCUGCACAUCCACCAAUGUGAUAUAUGCCAUCAUGUGCCAGCAAUGCCCCUCUGCCAUGUGCAUUGGUCAAACUGGACAGUCUCUACGUAAAAGAAUAAAUGGACACAAAUCAGACGUCAAGAAUUAUAACAUUCAUAAACCAGUCAGAGAACACUUCAAUCUCUCUGGUCACGCAAUUACAGACAUGAAAGUUGCGAUAUUACAACAGAAGAACUUCAAAAUCAGACUCCAGCGAGAGACUGUUGAAUUGGAAUUCAUUUGCAAAUUGGAUACAAUUAACUUAGGCUUGAAUAGAGACUGGGAGUGGCUAAGUCAUUAUGCAAGGUAACCUAUUUCCCCUUGUUUUUUCCUAACCCCCUCCGCCCCCGUUCCUCUGACAUUCUUGUUAAACCCUGGAUUUGUGCUGGAAAUGGCCCACCUUGAUUAUCAUACAUAUUGUAAGGAGAGUGAUCACUUUAGAUAAGCUAUUACCAGCAGGAAAGUGGGGUAGGGGGAGAGAAAACCUUUUGUAGUGGUAAACACUCAUUUUUUCAUGGUCUGUAUGUAUAUAAACAUCUUCUGUAUUUUCCACAGUAUGCAUCCGAUGAAGUGAGCUGUAGUUCACGAAAGCUUAUGCUCAAAUAAAUUGGUUAGUCUCUAAGGUGCCACAAGUACUCCUUUUCUUUUUAACUGCUUACUAUGAUUCUUUCUGUAUUCACAAUAAAUGUGGCAUUUUGCCUUUUCCCCUU